GGUAUGAGUAGCAACAGUUAAAAACACUAGCAGUAGCGGUAGCAGUAGCAGUAGCGGUAGCAAUUAACAGAUAGCGACAAGUGUGUCGGUAGCGCUCUUAGUUGUAGAAAGCACAACAUACAAGAUAUAAACGCAUCGAACUGACCAAACUUAAACAACUUUCUUAUUACCGUUUCAACCAUUUAGGCUUUUUGGAAGCACAAGUUUUUAUCACAUGACCACGACCACUACCACGACCACGAUUACGACUACGGCAGCACAAAACUAUCACCAACACAACUACCACCACCAACUUUACCAAUAUUAUUAUUACUACUGCUACUAUUACUACAACAGAAACCGUGUCAACGUUCCGACCAGUGAUAGUUGAAAGAAACAUAAAACCGCAAAAAAUUUCAUAAACAAUCUAACAAAUUUCUCGCAACAGUUUUUAGCGCAAAUACCUCAGUUUUCUGCCGUCACAUGGAGUCAAAGACAAUUUUAUCAGGACUCUCUCUACUUAGUGCUUUACUCAUCGUCUGCCUCGCUGGAGCGGUAUACGCUGAAUUCAGUGAAGAUGAUGAUAUCAGUGAAGAAACAGCAGUUGAUAAGAGAUGGGCAAGACUCUCUUCAAAUCCAUGGUACACUUAUCGAAGGAACACAUUUGGAGAUUUACUAAAAAGGUGGGGAUGGGCUGGUCGUUCGUCACAUCCAUGGAUGCACAUGCCUUGGAUGCUGCUCCCCAACAGGAUGUGUUUACGUCAACGUUGUCGAUCCAAUAAUGACUGCUGUCGCCGCUAUAACAUUUGUGACCGUUGGGCUAAACUCUGCUAUGAUUGUUGGUAUGGACAUCCUUGUUCUUCUGACAAAGAUUGCUGCCAACGUUAUCCAAGAUGCAGUCUCUCCAAGGGUACUUGCACAAAUUAACACCAGUGACUACUUAAACAGAAACACCGCAGACCUUGGACAAAUGAACGGCGAGUCCGUUGUGACGUGACAACAUAUCUCAAAAGACGAAUGAAAGUGAAAAUACCUCCCACCGAAACAAUGAAGAAUCAUCAUGCCAAGUUCUUUAAUAACACAUGAAUAAAUCAUACAUUUUCUCGCGCAGCUUAUGAAACAUUGUUUUCUUUACCAUACUGUAUUUCGUCUCAUUGUAGACAUAAAAUUUGCAUUUGCAUAACGUAUCAAAUAAUGUCAUGGUCUGAAUUUGAUGUAACUCUCAUAAUUUGAGCCGUCAGUAAAUAAUUCUCAAUUGUCUUCGAUAGCUACUAAUCAUGAGAUAACCCAUUUAUUCCACAGGAAAAGUAAAGGUAACAUGCACUAAAAUAUACGAUUAUAUCCUGAAGUCAAGAAGAUUAUAAACAACAACAUCAAAGUACUAAAAAUAUAUCUUUUACUCUUUUCUUCUAUUUUAUGUAUCGUAUACGUGAGAAAAUUGAAGUAUAUAUAUAUUUAUCAUUAAAGUAAAAUCUUCGAAAACAAAUGUUUUGUCUGGUGAAAUAUUGUUGUUCACACUACCCACGGAAAUAAAUAUCAGUUGAAAUUA